AUGAUGUUACCAAGGGGUGUUGCUGAAGACCUAAAAGAAGCGGGCGGGGACAGAAGCUGUGUGCUCACUAUCGAGAGCAAUGGCCUAACCAAUGCGAACAAUGAUGCUACCAAUGAGAACAAUGAUGUUACCAAAGAGAACAAUGAUGUUACCUAUGAGAAUAAUGAUGUUAGGAAUGAGAACCAUGAUGUUACCAAGGAGAACAAUGAUGUUACCAUUGAGAACAAUGAUGUUACCAAUGAGAACAAUGAUGUUACCAAUGAGAACAAUGAUGUUUUCAAUGAGAACAAUGUUACCAAGAAGAACAAUGAUGUUACCAAUGAGAACAAUAAGGUUACCAAUGAGAACAAUGAUGUUACCAAUGAUGAGAACAAUGAUGUUACCAAUGAGAACAAUGAUGUUACCAAGGAAAACAAUGAUGUUACCAAGGAGAACAAUGAUGUUACCAAUGAGAACAAUGAUGUUAUGAAGGAGAACAAUGAUGUUACCAAGGAGAACAAUGAUGUUACCAAUGAGAACAAUGAUGUUACCAAGGAAAACAAUGAUGUUACCAAGGAGAACAAUGAUGUUACCAAUGAGAACAAUGAUAACAAUAAGGUUACCAAUGAGAACAAUGAUGUUACCAAGGAGAACAAUGAUGUUCCCAAGGAGAACAAUGAUGUUACCAAUGAGAACAAUGAUGUUACCGAUGAGAACAAUGAUGUUACCAAGGAGAACAAUGAUGUUACCAAUGAGAACAAUGAUGUUACCAAUGAGAACAAUGAUGUUACCAAUGAGAACAAUGAUGUUACCAAGUAG